AUGUGUCAUCCUCAUAGAGUUAAGCAAUUAAAGUUUAUUGAUAUUAAUAAGAAGGAUUAUCCAAAGGCUAUUUUGGAAUUGCAAAUUUACACCUUUAGAUUACUGAGAUACUUAGCUUCUCUGAAUAGGCAUAGACACAUUUUUAAAUAACUAUUUAUCCCCAGAUUAUUAUAAUAAUUUAUUGAUAUAGAGAAUUUUAAUAAGACUUUAAAUGCAUAUAAAAAAUUAGUGGAUGAUUUCAAUUAAAUAGAACCUGAAGAUUUGUUAUGUAUGUAAGAAACAUUGCAACAAUCUGCAGAAAAUUUUUAUAUGCAAAAUACAAUAAAAAAGAUUGGAAAUUAUGAGAUAUUGGAAUAAAUAGGCAAAGGAGCAUUCGGAUCAGUUUACUUGUGUAGAUUGGGAGGCAAUUUCUAUGCAAUUAAAUAAAUAAAUGAUGUUGAAACUUUGCAGUAUCGAGAGGUGUAGAUCCAUUUGGAAUUGAACCAUCCAAAUAUUGUUAAAUUAUACGAAUGCUUCAUCCACGAACAUUCAUUAUGUUUGGUGAUAGAAUACAUAAAGGGAAUGAACGUAUAAGAGCUGAUUAAGUUAAUGAAUGAGAAGAACUAGUAGAUAGAUGAAGAGAAUGUUUGGAAAAUAUUGAUAGAUCUACUUUCAGUAUUAAGAUAUUUACAUUUUGAUAAGAACAUUGUCCAUCGAGAUUUGAAUCCUGCAAAUAUAAUGGUGGAUUCAUCAUAUUCAAUUAAAAUCUGUGAUUUUGGAUUGGCUAAGCACUUUUAAGAAGACAUAAUCAAUAACUCAUUUGUUGGAACAUUAAUUUACACUUGUCCAUAGAUAGUGGAGAAUAAGGCAUAUUCUGAGAAGGCAGAUGUAUGGGCUUUGGGAUGUGUAUUAUAUGAAAUGCUUUAAUAAAAGCCUGCGUUUCAAUCUGCGAAUCCUUUGAUGCUUGCAAAAAAGAUUGUUUAAUUAGAAUAUGAGCCCAUCAAUUAAGGCAUUUAUAGCAAUGAAUUAAUAAAUAUAGUUUAGUUGUGUCUUUAGAAGGAGGAGGACAAACGACCAUCAGUUAAUGAAUUGUUAGAGAUGAUAAGUUUGAAGAUGGUGAUUUUGAUGGAUACUAUAAAGUAAGAGAAAGAUGAUUUGAAAAGUGAGUUCCAAGAUUUGUAAUCCAAAAUCAAUGAUUAAUUGUAUGAAACAAAAAAAGAACAAUAAGAACCAGGAUUGCAGGUUUGGAAUAUAUUCUAAAAACUCUUAUAAUUGUCACUUCAUGAUUAUAAAACUCUUGAUGCUAAGAAUUAGUAUUUGAUUGAAUAGUUUAGAAGAAAGAUAAGUAAACCAGACAACGACAUCAACAUUUAGACUGAAUUAACUAAAUUAACAUCCUUAUCGAAAGAAUUUAUAUCAUACUUACCAAAGAUUACUUAUGAACAACUGUUUUUUAUAAUUGAGACUGAGUGUAAAUCAUAAUAAAUCUGA